UAACACCACAAUAAAUCAAUCACCACACCCUACCACUUAUUGCCGCGUAAAAAACUAUACACGACACAGAAUCGCGGCAAAAUUGACAUUAAGAAAAAACAAUUGACAAUUGUAAAAACAUCAAACAUGGCGCCCGUUAAAGUGCCGAAAAGGGCGGCAAAAUCAAUAGAGAAAUUAAUCGAGAAACCAAUAAAUAAAUCGAAGAAAAUGAAGAAAAAGAACUAUCAGAGUUUUUCUAUAUAUUUAUACAAAUUAUUGAGAACCGUGGCGAAAGAAAACUUGGGUAUUUCGAGGAAAUCAAUGUUGAUUAUGAAUAACUUUGUUAACGAUAUGUUGGAGAAGAUUGCUGAAGAAGCAGGCAGGUUGGUUGCCCAUAGUAAGAAGACCACAAUGAGUAGUAGAGAGAUCCAGGCUGCAGUUAAACUGAUAAUACCAGGAGAAUUAGCCACUCACGCGAAUAUAGAAGCCUUGAAAGCCAUCAGUAUGUAUCAUAAAAGCCACGAACGGGAUGCCGCAGCAAAAACCUGAAUUUGACGAAACAGAAAUCGCUUGUGGACGUUCAAUUGAAGUAAAUUAUUAAUUAAACAUGUUGAUUUAUUGAAUAAAUGGUAGUUUUGAUUUUUU